AUGAGCGUGGGUAACAUCACAAACAUCUACCGCUUCGACGCGCACUCAUUAACUACAAAGUACCGACCCGAUGGCAACCUCUGUCUGGUGAAGAGCAACACAGACUACAUUCACACCACUCCUCUCGUCGCCCCUACCCAAAGUUUCUUUGAUGACCCAGGUACACAGUACCGUCCCGACUUUCUCUCUUCUGCCAUUGCCACUUGGGACCAGCCAGACUUGUCUUUUGAGCCCCCAUUUCAGGCUUCUGGGCCCUCGACGCCCCUUGUAUUCUCACAAGACGAAUCCGUUCCAGAAUCUCCAGGGCAGUCAACGGAUAUAAGUUCCACCCCGCGUCGGAAGCGGUUAGGUCGCAGAACCAAUCGUGGACAGGUCGCUAGCGACCGAAUUCUUGAGUGUACUGCCAAGAGACGCAAAUCAGAAGGGCGGUUUCGUUGUGAUGCACGGAACUGUGGUCAGACGUUUACCGCGAAACAUAACCUGCUAAAUCAUGCAAACUCUCACGAGGGCUGGAAGCCAUGUAAAUGUGACCGGUGCGGGAAACGGCUUGGUACACCAACCACUCUUCGUCGCCACAUUAAGAAUUUACACGGGGAAGGCACAAUUUCAAGUUGA